AAAUUGACACAUAAAUAAACCACGUACUAAUAAAAAAUAAAAAUUUGUACGUGUAAUGUUUAAUUAAUUGGUAAUAAAUAAAUAUUUAUUAUAUAUUUUAUAUUAUUAUUAAGAUAAUUAUAAAUUAGUUUAAUUAUAAAAAAUGGUUUUUAAAUUAACAUGAAAAAAUUAAAAGAUGAUAAAAGACAUAUUCCCUAUCAAAGAGGUAAUCAAAGAGACAAAUCACCUCAUUAUGUUUUUCUUUAUUCGGAUGACGAAGUUGAGGACGAAGAAAUUCCGUUACAAUUACGGAAGCAACAUAAAUCAUUACCUAAAAAAAUUGAGGUGAUAAUUGUUAAUUUAAAACCUGAGGAUACUUUGCAAGCAUUAUCAUUGCGCUAUCAUUGUACUAUAUCUGAGUUGAAGCGUAUAAAUAAUAUCCAUAAAGAAAAUGAAAUCUACGCACGUCGAGUUAUUAAAAUACCCGUGCAACCAUUUUCCAUUUUGACAGAAAAUGAAAAAUUAAUUGACAUUGAUGAUCAACCAGAUCCAUUACCAAGUUCUAGUUCGAGUGCUCAGUUAAUAAUAAAUUUAUCAGACGGAAAUGUAUCAAAGGAAACAGAUAUAAAUACUCUAAUACUCAAUUCAGUAUGUGAGCCUUCAAAUAAAUUUACGAGCAAUCAAGACAUUGACAUAAAUGCUGAUGAUGAGACCAAUGAAUUACUGGCAAGAGAACCAAGAGAUUCAACGCCUGAAGCUAAAGUUAUUGAUUCAUUCAAAUGUUCCGGUGCUGAUUGGGGCCUUUCAUUAAUUCAUUUGAUACUAUUGUUUUUAUUACUGGGAAUUAUUCUUCCAAUUAUUUAUAUUUUUUAUAUUGCCGAGCAUUCUGACCACCAUAUCAUUAUUAAUAAUAAUAAUAGUAAUAAUGAUAGUCUUAUUAAAAAAAUAUAAAUAGUUAAUUAAUUAAUUUAAAUAAUUAAAUUGACAAUAAUUACAAAUAAAUAAAAUCUCAAUA